GUGUAAGAUCACUGUAUAGCUCAUGCUUACUUAAUAGUUUUCUGAUUUAAUCGAAUGAAGAGAGUCGCACAUACGAAGUGAGUCGCGGUCGCUGAGAGAAUCAAGUAGAAAAAAAAUGAAAACAAAAAAAUGUUGUUAAUCGUGGGACAACAGUUGAAACAUCAAGUUGAUAUUUAACGUGACGAAGGUGUAAAGCAAAACGAGUAAAUAAAAAAAUUAAUAAUUAUCAGUUCAGUUCGUCUUCUUCUUUUUGAGUGUGGAAAUUUAAAAUUAGAAAGAAAAUCUCACGAUUCGGCCCGCGAAAAAUUUCAACUUAACGUGAAUAUUUUCAUCCGCGAUAUUUUUUUUUUCGGUUCUGGUCCACAGUAACAUGUGAUUGUGCAAUAUUGAGUGUGGUAUGGAAAUUCUUUUCACAUGAUGAAAUUGAAGAAUUAAUUAGAAGGAGAAAUAAAAUAACACACACAUAGAAGUGAAAUGUGCAGAAGUGAAGUUCCUUGAAUAAAUCAAAUAAUAAAAAAAAAAGUUAAAAAGUCUUUCAAGGCAAUCGAAGUGAAAUAAAAAAUAGUGAAGAUCAUAAAAGUGUAAAGAGAAUUAAUUUGCAUAUCUGUAAGGUGAAUUUCUUCUCUCUUUUCCCCGUGUGUGUAUAUGUGGAUGAAUGGAAGUCUACUAAGAUUCAACAUCGAUAAAUUUCGCAGUGAGGAAAAAAAUUCAUAUCUAAAAAAGGCUGUUAAAUACUCAACUCGACUGGAAAACGCUAAUACAAGUCAGCUAUGUUGCUGCCAGUAUUUUAAAAGCUUCCAACUGUCUCUCUAUUCAUCAACACACUAACCAAAACAAAAAUAAAGUAAGAAAUACAGUAAGAAAAUCAGUUAAUCAGCUGUGAAGAAUAAGGAAUAAGGCAGAAUUUUCUUAAGAAAUUAUCAUUAAAGACCAUAGCAAUAUUGAUAGCAUAGCUCACACAAAUACACGCACAAGCACAUCCUGUAGAAAGGCAAUUUUUUUAUCCGAGAAUUCAUCAAGGGGGUUGUGUACGGAAGACGCAAGGAAGAGUGAGAGAGAGAGAGCAUCAUAUAAUCAAGCAGCAACAUAACACAAUUGUGGCACGUUUAUGAAAAUGGGGAAAGAUUAUUACAAAACUCUCGGCAUACAGAAGGGUGCUACAGACGAUGAUAUCAAAAAAGCAUACAGAAAAUUAGCAUUAAAGUAUCAUCCUGAUAAAAAUAAAUCGCCCGGUGCUGAGGAGAAGUUUAAAGAGAUUGCUGAGGCAUAUGAAGUGUUGAGUGAUAAGAAGAAACGUGAUGUUUAUGACAGAUAUGGUGAAGAUGGUUUGAAAGGAAAUAGAUCAAAUGGCACAACAAACAACAACUCAUCCUUCACAUACGAGUUUCAUGGCGAUCCACGGGCAACAUUUGAAGCAUUCUUCGGUUCAAGCAAUCCAUUUAGUUCAUUUUUUGAGCAUGAUGAUAUAUUCAAUCAUCACAACAAUCUGUUCUCAUCUAUGGGCGGGCUUGAUGAUGAUUUCUUCUCGUCUCCGUUUGGAUUGGGAAGGUCGCCGGGUCUUGGAACAGCAUUUAGGUCACAUUCAUUUAACGUUCAUACACCACUUAAGAAGGAGAAAAUACAGGAUCCGCCGGUGGAGCAUGAUUUGUACGUGACGCUAGAGGAAAUUUAUCAUGGUUGUGUGAAAAAAAUGAAAAUAUCACGACGUGUACUCGAGCAAGAUGGUACACCACGAAAAGAGGAUAAGUAUGUGAGCAUAUCGGUUAAGCCGGGAUGGAAAUCGGGUACGAAAGUUACCUUCCAAAAAGAAGGUGAUCAGACAAAGGGACGAAUACCUGCCGAUAUUGUUUUCAUAAUUCGUGACAAGCCACAUCCAUUAUUCAAGCGUGAAGGAGGCGAUUUAAGAUACACAGCUCGUCUCACCCUUAAGCAGUCAUUGUGCGGAGUGAUAUUCGAGGUGCCAACAAUGACAGGCGAAAAGUUACGAAUCAGUACAAAGCAUGAGAUAAUCAAACCAAACACAGUAAAAAGAAUUCAAGGUUAUGGACUGCCGCUUCCACGCGAUCCAACACGUAAAGGUGAUCUCUUGGUGGCAUUUGAUAUCAAAUUUCCGAGCACAUUGACACCUACCGAGAAGGAGCUAUUGGCCGACUUAUUGCCUGAUGUGUAGGCAUUUUUAUUACUCAUACACACACAAAAUGAAGUUUUUUUUUGAUUUAAUAAAAUUUUUUUUUCGGUUUCUUAAAACAAAAAAAAAAGAAGAAAAAAAAGUAAAAGUAAAGAUUAAUGAACGCGUUCCUUUAUGCCAUUGCGUUUACUCAACAUAGAAGAUAUGCUGUUUCAAUAAUUACGAAAUGUGCGUAAUUAAAGCAAAUAACUUAAGAAAGAUAGAUUGAAGUCGUGAAGGAGAAAAAUAAAUAAUUCAAUGAAUUUUAAUGAACGAUGAUUAAUUUCUGGAUGUUGAAAAUAUAUAAAGUUGAAAUAAGUCAUGACACAGAAAAGUUUAAAAAAGAAUAAUAAUAAUAAAUAUUUAGUCAAAAAUGUUACGUGUUCAAUCGAUAAAUAAAAAAAUUUGUUUAUUUUUUUUAAAUGGCUUUGCUGUUCGAUUCUUGCGUGUGGAUGGGGAAAAGCUGGUACGGAAUUUGCAAAAAAAGAGUUUAAAAUAAUGAAAUUUAAAGCGAAUUUUUGAAAAAAUGAAUAAAUAUUGGGCAGGUAUCAAGCUUUUUGAACUUGUAUUUAAAGGAUUCGAGCUCUUGGGUUUUGAAUAAUUUAAUAAUUUAUCACAUUUAAAAUUUGAAUAAGGC